AUGUCCAAAGUGCCCGACGGCGAAUCAGAAAAGGACUCUGAGAAUGAUUCUGGCUUCAUCGUUAAGCAGGAACCCAUUGCAGCGAAGCCAGACCGUCGCCCGAGGUUCCUUAUAGCUCUCCUACUUCUCUCAAUCGGGGUUGGCAUAGGUCUUCUGAUUGCCUCGAUCAUGCGCGAACCCGGAGAUUCGCAAGCUAUUGCUUCUGGACAAGACUCCCACCAACACAGCGCAUCCAUCUCCGUCGCAUGUCAACCUUCUUAUGAAUCAACACCACAUCCCAAGAUGGUACAUGACUGCGGUAGCGACAUUGCGUCAGCCAAGGCCGCCGACUGCGUCUUCGACAUGCUCUCCCACACCUGGGUUCCCAAGCCAUGUCACGACUCCGAGACCGACGCGGAGUUCCGUGAAUGGAUCUUCAACCCAAAUCGCACAGGCGGCGCAUUCCCAUACUUUCUUUCCAGCACAUUGUCUGCCAAUACGCACAUCGACGGUAUCGAUGCGCUAUCAGCCAUACCCGGGGACACGUGGAUAUGGAGCCACGGAGAGGAACAUGUUGGGCACUGCAUAUUUGUUGUGCGCAGAAUUCAUCGUGCGCUCGAGGGAAAGUUCAGGUGGAGCGAUGAUGUGGCGAAUUUUGACCAUACGUCGCAUUGUGCGCAUGAAAUGUUAGAGAGUAUACUGGAGAAGGCUCCACUGAGGAGGUUUGAGGGGGCAACGGUCACGCUGAAGGUGAAAUUCGACAAGUGUACUCAUUGA